AUGGCAGGAGGGGUGGUCGUAAAUGGCGGUGGCCGACGACGAUAUGAAGGCCGUGUUACCGGCUUUGUGAUUGUUACAUGCUUAGUGGCUGCCACUGGUGGCCUAAUAUUUGGGUAUGAUAUUGGAAUUUCAGGUGGUGUAACAUCUAUGGAUAUUUUUUUGGAGAGAUUUUUUCCAGCAGUUUAUGAGGCACAAAAGAAGGCAACAGGGGAAAAUCAAUAUUGCAAAUUUAAUAAUGAGAUGUUAACAUUGUUUACUUCAUCUCUUUAUUUGGCAGCACUUAUUGCCUCUUUUUUUGCUUCUAAAGUUACCAAGGCUUUUGGAAGAAAAAUGUCUAUGCUCCUAGGAGGAAUUGUAUUCCUUGGUGGAGCACUUCUUAAUGGAUUUGCUGAAAAUGUUGAGAUGCUUAUUUGUGGUCGUAUAUUACUAGGUAUAGGCAUUGGUUUUACUAACCAGUCUAUACCAAUCUAUUUAUCUGAAAUGGCACCAGCACAAAUCAGGGGAGCUCUCAACAUUGGAUUUCAAAUGGCAAUCACCAUUGGUAUAUUAGCUGCAAAUCUCAUCAACUACUUUGCAUUAAGUAUGGGUGAAAAAGGCUGGAGAAUUGCUCUAGGACUUGCUGGUGUACCAGCUUUAAUCAUAACUAUAGGAGCCUUAAUUUUACCAGACACCCCAAAUUCUCUCAUUGAUAGAGGUCAUCAAGAACAAGCCAGAGAUUUAUUGAAGAAGAUUCGUGGAACAGAUAACGUAAACGACGAAUUUGAUGACCUUGUUGAUGCUUAUCAGAAAUCGAAACAAGUUGAAAAUCCAUGGAAGAAUAUCAUGAAACGUCAUAAUAGACCUCAACUUACUUUUGCUGUGAUUAUUCCUUUCUUUCAACAGAUUACUGGGAUUAAUGUUAUCAUGUUUUAUGCUCCUGUUCUUUUUAAGACUAUUGGGUUUGGUAAUGAUGCUUCUCUUAUGUCUGCUCUUAUUACUGGAAUUGUCAAUGUUGUUGCUACUGCGGUUUCCAUUGUUUGUGUUGAUCGUUUUGGUAGAAGAGCUUUGUUCAUUGAAGGUGGUCUUCAGAUGAUUGUAACUCAGGUGAUCAUCGGUGUUGUCCUAGGCAUAAAAUUUGGAGUAACAGGAACAGGAACAUUGAACAAGGACGACGCAAAUCUUGUAGUGGCAUUAAUAUGCAUGUACGUCGCAGCAUUUGCGUGGUCAUGGGGUCCCUUAGGAUGGUUAGUGCCGAGUGAGAUCUUUCCUAUGGAGACUCGAUCAGCAGGACAAAGCAUCAAUGUGUCUGUCAACAUGUUGUUCACCUUCAUUAUUGCGCAAUGUUUCCUUCGCAUGUUAUGUGUUAUGAAAUUCGGACUCUUUUUCUUUUUUGCGGGAUUUGUUGUGAUCAUGACACUCACUGUCUUCUUCUUCUUGCCUGAAACUAGAAAUGUGCCUAUUGAAGAGAUGUAUGGUGUGUGGAAGGCACAUUGGUUUUGGAACAAGUUCAUUCCUGAUCAAAUGCUUGGACACCAUGCUAAUAAGAAUGUUGAAAAAUGCUAA